UUUCCCCUCCCCGUGAAAUGGGGAGGGAGAAAAUGAUUUGUCUGCCUCCCUCGUGGCAAGGGGAGGUUCCAAUGGAACCUUCCAGAGGACUGGGGGCGUGGCAUAACGAGCAAGCCAGCCCCCAUCCAGACUCAUUCCGAGUCUGGAAGCUGAACGAAGAAGACGUGCCUGGAAGCUGGGCUGAGAAGACGGGCCCAGAGAAGAGGAAAAAGCGAAGAGAGAAGACAGAAGACCCAAGUUCGGAGAGUGAAGAGAGAAGCCAGAAGAGGCAGCCAACUAGACGUUGCUGCCAAGAAGAAAAGAAGAAGGAAAGUAUUAAAAGAAGAAUCCAUUUUCAGAAGGCAGGAUGCCGCCGAAGAAGAACGUGGGCGGUCCCAAAGGAAAGGGGCCCGCCAAGAAGACUUCGGCAAAACGCCCCCCUCCUCCAGUAGAUACAUCAUCGGAGGAGGAGGGCGUUUCGGCCGAGGACCUGGACGCGCUGAUAGCUAGAAUGGACAAGUUCGAGAGGGAAAGGGGGCUCCAAACACGGGAUGCGGGGCCUCGCCCGGCACGCCGGGCCAGCAGAAAGCUUAUUUUCAAAAACCUGCUAUCUCGUAUGUCUUCCCUAGAGUCAGGUCGAGGAGUUGCGAGACCCGAAGGAGAACAAGCCGAACAAGCUGAAUCCGGACAGAGGAGAGAUGGUUCACCGGCCCCGAUCGUUAUUCAGCCUCCAGAGGGAGACGAGCACGGAACAGGGGCUGACUCAGCAGUGACAACGGCGCCCGGGCCGGCACUGGUCCCAACGCGGGCUCAAAUAUCCAUGGCGGAACUGCAGCCGGAGAAUGAAGCAUCAACGGCUAUCCGCAGGCCAACCGAGGCGGGGGUCCCAGCCCGUGGGACAACAACGGUCAUACCUGGAACACCGGGGUCAAGCCAGACAUCCAUUCAACGCGGCGCCUUGGAUGGACCGUCUACAUCAUCAGAUGGAGCGGUUCAGGCAGUUGGCACCCGCCGCGGACGUUCAGCCGGAGCGGAUGCCAGACCAUCUCUGGAAGGCUGGAACAACGAGAUGGCAUUAGGUAUUACGAUGGCAUUAGCACCCAGUUCUAGGAGGUCGUAUACUAGGGCUAUACAAGAAUUUCGAGAUUUUAGACAGUAUUACAAGUUACCAGAAAUCAUGCCAGUGCCACACGAGCACAUUGCCCAGUUCUGUGUGUACCACAAAAGAAGGGGCUUGGCUCCACGGACCAUUAGAACAAAGUUGGCAGCGCUGGCAUACUGGUUUAAGUCUCAGGGACUCAAUGACCCCACUGAUGACUUCCGGAUCCAUAAAAUUCUAACAGGGUGGGCUAGACACAGCGGUCAUCCAAAGGACGAUCGGCAGCCCCUGACACCCGCAAUUUUAAAAGGACUUAAACAAAUUUGGCCACGCAUAUGUACUUCCCCCUACGAGCAGGCGCUUUUUCACGCGGCCGCAUUGACGGCCUUUUUUGCAGCCCUUCGUGUGAGUGAAUUGGUGUCGAUGGCCAAGACUGAUACCUCACACCGUGCAUUGCUGGUUUCAGAUGUCACGUUUUUCCAGGAAAAGAUUGACAUCAGAAUCAGAAUGUCAAAGACGGACCAGGGGUCGAAGGGUCAAAUAGUUAGCUUAAAAAGGUGUGGAGAUGACGAUUUAUGCCCUGUACAAGCCAUGCGGCAAUUCGCAAUGUUAAGGGGCUCUGAGGGAACCUAUUUGUUUUGUCACCAAGACGGAACACCUCUGACCAAAUACCAGUUUUGGUCAGUAACAUCUAGGGCAUUAGACACAUUGGGGAUGGGACACCUYAAAUUUGGCACGCACUCCUUCAGGAUUGGCGCGGCAUCAGCGGCAGCAGCAAUGGGAUAUGACAAGGAAGCAGUUAAAGCUGUGGGGAGAUGGCGAUCCAAUGCCUUCAAAGGUUACAUUCGUCCAUGCUCAAUAUAGUUAUCGUUAUCGUUGCAGGUAACGUUGGGCUGGCACAUAGGAGAAGAGUCCUGAUUUGUGGACACAGCUUCGUCUUCUGGGCGGAAAGAGAGGCCCUUAAGACUGCCUAUGGCCAGCAUUUGGGCCUGUCCUCCAUUGCAACGAUCGAAUGGAGAGGRGUGAGAGGCCUGCGAUGGUAUGGAUUGUGCCCGCUGUUAUUCAGGGCCAGGAGCGGGCCACCUCCGGAUGUUCUCGUUAUCCACCUCGGUGGUAACGAUCUGGGCUUGUUGACGGGAAAGGCACUAUUCCUYCAAGCGCGAGCCYAUAUUKAAAAAAAUUUGGCGAGCGUGGCCCGAAGUACYCAUUGCAUGGUCGGCCAUCAUACCACGUCGUAYYUGGUUGGGAGGAGGUGACGUGCGUAAGCUUGAAAAAGCUAGGAAAAGGGUCAAUAGGGCCAUGCGAAUGUUCAUGAUUCGUCAGAGAGGCUAUUACAUCGAGCACACAGACAUCACUCGUGAACAACAAGGUUUAUAUCGAGUAGAUGGAGUGCACCUCUCCGAAACGGGCAACCAGCAGUUUCUGGCAGAUUUAUGUCAGGGUAUACAGGGGGUGUUGGGAGAAUUGGUGGGGGAUGGGGGCGAAAUAGACAUUUGCCCCCAAUCCGUGGCGUUAAAUAGUUAGGGAAAUCCUGUUAGUCGGUGUGCACCUAAGGCACCCCCUUAAGGGGUGAUAGGCCAUGAAGUUAAACACUCACCUACUGUUGUUGUUAAAAGGUGAAGUGAAAUUAAAUGGCCUGAAAUGGGAGGAGUUAGGAUCCAAGAUCUUUAAAAGAGAGACUCCUCACUCAUUUCCCUUACGUGGUGGUCCGAGGUUGUUACCAGGAAACCCAGGUGCUUCGCCCGUAAAUUGCUGUUAAGAUCGGUAGAGAGUCUACCUGGGUUUUUGUUAUACCAGUUCCAGGCACCCCCUUUAAGUUAGUUUAGAUAUUUAAAUAGGUAACGAUAAAUAAAAGUUGCCCAAUUUGAACCCAAUGCUUUGGUUGUUGUGUUUUUAUUUGUGAGUCUUUUUCUUCGAGGGUUGGGAGACAAUUAAAUUUCCCCUCCCCGUGAAAUGGGGAGGGAGAAAAUGAUUUGUCUGCCUCCCUCGUGGCAAGGGGAGGUUCCAAUGGAACCUUCCAGAGGACUGGGGGCGUGGCAUAACGAGCAAGCCAGCCCCCAUCCAGACUCAUUCCGAGUCUGGAAGCUGCCCACCACUCCCGCCCAUUAACAGUAUAAUUACGGUUGCCUAGAGGACCGGGUAGGAAUUUUUCCCCUUCUUUUUCACGGGGAGGGUUUUUUGCCUACCCUAUACUGUUUAGGGGCUAGAUGGAUGGUGGACGAACUAUAAAUAGGUCAGCGUUAAAUAGUUAGGGAAAUCCUGUUAGUCGGUGUGCACCUAAGGCACCCCCUUAAGGGGUGAUAGGCCAUGAAGUUAAACACUCACCUACUGUUGUUGUUAAAAGGUGAAGUGAAAUUAAAUGGCCUGAAAUGGGAGGAGUUAGGAUCCAAGAUCUUUAAAAGAGAGACUCCUCACUCAUUUCCCUUACGUGGUGGUCCGAGGUUGUUACCAGGAAACCCAGGUGCUUCGCCCGUAAAUUGCUGUUAAGAUCGGUAGAGAGUCUACCUGGGUUUUUGUUAUACCAGUUCCAGGCACCCCCUUUAAGUUAGUUUAGAUAUUUAAAUAGGUAACGAUAAAUAAAAGUUGCCCAAUUUGAACCCAA